AUGUCUACCGCACUGUUACAUUUUUUGCAAGAUGAUUACAACACAAUUCUUAAUUAUAAUGAAUUUUCAGAUACAGAAAUCUUAAUCGGAGAGGAACCCUACAUUAGAGUCUUUAAAGCACACUCUUUAAUAUUAAAAAUUCGUUCACCUUAUUUACGAACUGCUUUAUCAGACAAUUGGAUAAAGAUCGAAAAUGAUGUCAUUAAAUUGCAAAUACCUAAUAUUUCUAUUGAUGUAUUCGAUAUUAUCUUAAAGUACUUGUACACUCGUAAUCUUGACCUCUCCAGAUACGAUAUUAAAACAAAUAUUGCGCUUUUAAUUGCUGCCGAUGAAUUAAGUCCUUAA